UUUUAGUUUAGCAACUAGCUAAUCAAAAAAUAAUAAGUAAAUAGGUAAAUAGAUUUUUUAAAAUAAAUGGAUUCUGUUAUUGGUUAGAUUGUAUCGAUGGGCUACGAUCAAGAGUUAGCUUAAAAAUGCUUUAAUGCUACUAAAUCUACUGAUUUGAAUACAAACAUCGAAUGGAUUGAAAAGCAUCUUGAAUAAGAAGCUAUAAAAGAAUCAUUAAAGGGAACCGAAGAAGGAUAAUAAUAACAACAUUAGGAAUAGAAACCAGCUGAAGAAAAGCCAAAUGAAGAAAGCAAGGAAAAUAACGCUGAAGGAGAAUAAUAAAAAUGGGGUCCUAUUUCUCAUUUAGUCGAUCCCCUUAUGGUUGCACAGCUUUAGGACAUGGGUUUCUCUAAAAACGUUUCUGAAAAGGCUAUCUUCAUGACCUAAGAUUAAAAGACUUUGGAAGCUGCUCUUGCUUGGACUGAAAAGCAUUAAGGAGAUGCUGAUUAUGAAGAAUAACUUUUGAUGUAAAUCACUGAUGAAACAAAUAAACCUAAACUGAGUGAGGCAGAAGCUAGAUAAAAAGCUAGGGAGUUGCAAAACAAGUUGCGUGAAGAGAGAAAAAAGAGAGAAGCCCAAGAAGAACUCGAUAAAGAAAAGAGACGUAUUAUGUCUGGUAAAUCAAUGGGAGAUGCUUAGAGAGAAAUCUAAGAAUUGAAAAAGAGAUAAGAAGCUCUCUAAUUAAAGCAACAAAGAGAAUAAGAUGCUAUUGACAAAUAAAGAAUGUUAGAGCAACUAUAACGUGAUAGAGAAGAAAGAUUUGGCAAAAAGUUCGCUGGCAGUAAACCAACUGAAUAAUAAGCUAAAGAACCUACUCCUUUUGAAAAAUUCUAGGUUGGUAUUAAGCAAGUUAAGACUGCUCAUCCUAGAAACAUUUUCUUAGACAAAGCACAAGUUUGUUUGAAGACCAUCUAAAUUUACAUUUAAAACAUAGUCAAUAACCCUACUGAAGAAAAGUUUAGAAAGAUAAAUCUUGAAAACAAGGCUUAUUAAACUAGAGUUGGCGAGUGUUUUGGAGCAAAAGAAACACUUUUAUACUUAGGGUUUGUAGAAGAAGGAACAUUUUUAGCCAACCAUAAUCCUAACUUUGAAAUUCUUAAGCAAGCUUUAACAUUCUUGGAUAAAGAAAUUUCAACUAGUUGA